GUUUUUCAUUGUGCAGGACCAAAGCAGUCAUCCUGCCCAAAAGCAACUGAGGAUGACAAGUUGCAACAAGGACACCUCUACCGUGGUGAUAGCGGUGACUAUGAAACUGGAAAACUGUCCGAUCUGAAAACGUACAUUAGGGUCCACACAAAGGAGCAGCGAUUUCAUUGCCAAUCGUGUGAUCGGAGAUUCUCAAAGAGAGCCUUUCUAAUUAGUCAUUUGCGCGUUCACUCAGGCGAGAAGCCAUUUCAAUGCGCUUCAUGCUCACUGAGCUUCUCGCAAAAGGCCACUCUUAACAGACACCUGCGUGUUCACACGGGCGAGCAGCCUUUUCAGUGUCAUUUGUGCCCUCAGAGCUUCUCACAGAGAUCCAACCUGAAUGCUCAUUUACGUAUCCACACAGGUGAGAAGCCAUUUCAUUGCCCUUCUUGCUCGCUGAGCUUCUCACAAAAGGCCACUCUCAACAAACACCUACAGGUCCACACUGGCAAGCGACCGUUUCAGUGUCAUUUGUGCCUUCGGAGCUUCUCACAGAGAUCCAGCCUGAGUGUUCAUUUACGCAUCCACGCGGGCGAGCGACCGUACUGCUGCACCAUCUGCUCCAAGUCCUUUGUGGUGGCCAGUCAUUUGAAGAGACAUAUGAAAACAACGCACCAGGACAACUCUGAGAUCAAACCAUCCAUCCUCUCCAACAACUACCCAAGUCGCAACAGUGACUUCUCAUCCCCUGUGGCUUCUGGGACAUUGAAACUGGAAGACUGUUCUGUCUGAAAACACGCAUGAGGGUCCAAACAGGAUCAAAGCAUCCAUCGUGCCCAACAACUACCGUGGAGGACAAGUCGCAACAAGGACACCUCCACCGUUGUGAUUGCUGUGACUUUGGAACUGGAAAACUAUCCGAUCUGAAAGC